AUGGGUGAAGCAUGCACUGCUGAUUCCGUGCUUACCUCGGCUGCGAAGAUGGUUUCGGAAAGGAAUAGCGAAAAUUCACCACAGUCUGCCAACGAUUCAGGACAUGAAAGUAAUCCGUCUUCUUCACCAGAGCUUUCACUUACUCCUGAUGGAGAGCGCGCUUCAUCUCCAGCGGGGAAAUCGAAUGAGGAAGAUGGCAGUGGGCUUCUCGGGGACACUAUGUUUCGUAUACAAAUCGUGGCUCCAGGUUCUGAACCUUUUGACUUACAGGUCAAUUCUGGAGAAAUGGUUCAGGAACUUCAUCAGGUUCUUUUAGAACGUGAACCAACUUGUCACCGUACGUGUUUUAGCCUUCAGCUGAACGGUGUAGCUCUAGACCACUUUACAGAGCUCAAAAAUAUUCCUGGUUUGAGAGAUGGGUCGGUACUCAAGGUUGUUGAAGAGCCUUAUACCACGAGAGAAGCUAGAAUUCAUCUACGUCACGUUCGCGAACUAGUGCGAUGUUUGGAUACUGCAGAUGCAGUGAAUGGCUCGGAAGGUGCAUCACUCUCUUACUUGUCCUCUAUGACUCUUGGAGAUCGCAAAAAGUCACUUGAUAGGUCUUUGGAGUGCUCUCCUCCGGAUUAUAUUUUGCCGAAUCAUAAAGAAAGAUUAUUGACACCUAUUUUGGCUCCAGCAACACAGUCGGUUUGCGCGAUAAAAAGCAUAGCUAUUUCACCAUAUAAUCCUCCCCCUGGGCCUAGAAAAAUGAAGGGUGAUGUUUUGUACUUGACUGCAGACACUCGUGAAGGUCGGCGUUACCAUAUUACAUGUUGCACUCGUGGUUUCUAUGUAAACGCCACUACAGAUGCUGGAUUCCGUCCUACACCUUCUCCAUCACACAAAGCAAUCCAUCAUUCUUUAAUCGAUCUCCUUUCAUCUGUUAGCCCCAUAUUUAAGAAAGCGAUCUCCUUCAUUAUCAAAAAGCGAGCCGAGAAGCACAUUUUUGAAAGACUUCCUACUCCUUAUCAGGUGAAUACUUGGGUGGCUCCAUCAUUUGAACAGAAGGAAGAUGCAAUUAGGGCAGAAGAUGGCACACAGCCACAUAGAAUUGGUUUAGAAGAUCAUAUUCCUGGUCAGAUACGGGAUUGGAAUGAAGAGUUGCAAACGACUCAUGAACUGCCACGCGAAUCUUUGCCGGAAAGGCUCAUCCGUGAGCGAGCUGUAUUUAAAAUUCACAGCGAUUUCGUUUCAGCAGCCGUUAAGGGCGCCAUGUCUGUAGUUGAUGGGAAUGUAAUGGCUAUAAAUCCAGCUGACGAGCCACGCACACAUAUGUUUAUUUGGAAUAACAUAUUCUUUUCACUAGGUUUUGAUGUAAAAGACCAUUAUAAGGAGCUUGGGGGUGACGCGGCGGCGCAUGCAGCUACUUCUAAUGAUUUGCAAGGUGUGCGGGCAUAUGCACAGUUGGAUACUGCAAAAUUAUUCACGCUUGGCAUGGUUAUUGUGGAUUAUAAGGGUUAUCGGGUAACGGCUCAGUCAAUCAUUCCUGGAAUUUUGGAACGUGAGCAGGAACAGAGCGUCGUCUAUGGUUCUAUUGACUUUGGAAAAACAGUUGUCAGUUCGGAGGAAUAUCAUAAAUUACUUGAAAAACCUGCAGAACAAUUGAAAAUUUUGCCGCAUGAAGUAUAUAACGGAAAAGAGGACAACCAGCCAGUAAAAUUAUAUUCUUCCUUUGAAACAAAGGGAAUCAUAGGGAACGAUGGCCGACAUUAUAUUCUUGAUUUGCUGCGCACAUUUCCCCCGGAUGUCAACUAUCUUGAAGGCGCUGAGGUAACUGACGUUUGCAAGGCAAAUGGUUAUCCUCGCCCAUUCCCUCACAAGUUGGCAUCGUUGAGACAGGAAUUAAUCGAUGCCUUUGUCGAUGUUGUGAAUUUUCGCAAGUUAUGUGUCAGUUAUUCGGUUUCUGAUGUGAAAACGUCCAAACAUUUUGUUCAGAAUGAAAUUGUGGCUAACGUGAAAAAGGAAGAGGAAUUGCCGGAAACUGAAGCUGCCAAGAAAUUGGUAGGCAAAGUCAUUAGCGGAGAAGACAAAAAAGAAGAGAAUGGCUUUGAUCAAGGGAUAUCUAGUCAGAUUAUGGCAAAAGCAGCGUCGGCGGUUGGUUCUAUUCUGCCAGAUGGCUUCGAUAUCCGGUUUAAUCCUGACUGCUACUGUCCAACUGUCAAACAUGUUGAGACUGAAGACCUGCAGAAACAAAGGCAUUUUGUCGCUGAAGCUGCAGAAUUUCUAUUAGUUCAACAACUGCCUAAUUUUGUUCGCGAAUGUUUACAUCAUGCUCUCUUGCCAAUAGAUGGUAGCUCUUUGAGUGAGGCAUUACAUUCUCGUGGAAUAAAUAUUCGAUAUCUUGGCAAGCUCACAAAGUGCAUUAUGAACGUUGAACAGCUAUCGUAUUUGAAGACUGUUUGUAUGAGCGAGCUGUUAUGCCGAAGCGCAAAGCAUAUAUUCCGCGGAUACCUGCAACCGGUUUCAGCAGCGUAUUUGGCGGCAUCAAUUUCUCACUUUCUAAACUGUCUUCUUGGAAAUACAGGACCAUCUGCCCUAGCAAAUUCUGAAGAAGUCACUUUUCUAACUGUAAAAUUGAAGUUUUUAGAAUCUCUUCUGGUGCAUAGAGAAAUUAGCUUUUUGGAUUUUUUUUUUUUUUUUCGAAGUUAUAUGCUUUCACCGAGGUCUUCAUUACAGCCGGCUGUUAAUGGUGUUAAAAAAACACGUUCAACGAAAAAGAAGAAGCAGCUGAGUGGCAGCGGGCGUGAAUGUGUCUUUUGGGCACAAUUGACGUCUAAAAUAUUGUGGUCUCGCUUGCUUUCAGACAUGGAGUCUCACUACACGUUUUCGAGUGAAGCUGAAAAUCUAGACACUUUCAUAGCAGAAGGUGGUAUUCAGAAGACUUCUAUUCUUCGUAGGUUCUGUCAGAUCGUAGGUAUCCAGAUUCUGCUUCGCGAUUACGGCUUGGAACUCAAUAAGAAAUCUCUUCCUUUUGUUGAGGAUGAUAUCCAGAACCUGUUUCCAGUAGUUAAGCAUGUGGACCCAAAAGCGAUUGAUGCACACAGUUUAUUUAUUUCCGCACAGACAAAAGUACAGCAAGGAGCCUUAAGAGCUGGGUUCGAGCUAGCGGUGGAAGCACUAAACUUGAUGAACAAUGUUUAUGGCGCAAUGCAUCCAGAUAUGGCGCAGUGUAUGCGUUUACUUGCCCGCUUGUCUUAUAUUCUUGGAGAUCCAGCUGAGGCUCUGUCUCAACAGCAUAAGGCAACUUUAAUGAGUGAACGUUGCAAUGGCCUUGAUAAUGCUGGUACAAUUGUUGAAUACGUAAGGCUUGCCAUUAUUCGUUUACUCAAUCUUGCUCACUUCUCCUUCGCUAACUUACACAUUGUAGCUUCGCUAAAAUUACUUUAUCGUUCACGCUAUCUCCUUCUGCUCAUUCAUGGUGAAAACCAUCCUCUCAUGGCUCAAAUUGACGGGAAUAUUGGUGUAAUACUUUAUGCGGUACAGGAGUAUGAUGAGGCUCUGAAGUUUCUGCAGAGCGCUUUGAAACUUCACCAGACGUACAUGGAACCACGAGCUCUAAAAACUGCCAUGAUUUACCACCUCAUGGCUCGUACUUAUUCGUGUCGGGGUGAUUUCCGCACAGCAUUGCAAAUGGAAAAAGAGACGUUCACAAUUUAUUCCAAAACGUUUGGAGAAAACCAUGAGAAAACUAAGGAAAGUGGUGAAUGUUUAAAGCACCUUACGCAGCAGGCAGUAACAUUCCAGAAGCGUCUGAAUGAAGCAAAUCGACAGGGCGCUUCCAACAUUACCCAGCUUCUUCCUAUCGAGAUCCAUCGCCCUUCUUUGCAAAGCGUUUUGGAAGUUUUGAAUAUCCUCAAUGGAAUCAUAAUUAUACAACUGAAGAAUACAGGAGCGACGGAAAUUGAAGAACCGACUUCAUCUCCAGUGGCUGAAAGAGCAGAAGAAGAUGCUACUUUAACUACACCACCAAUGGAAGAAGAGGCUUUAGAUUAG